UCUUCAUAGCCAUAGCUUAAACUCGAGACAAAGCUCUGGUCUCCAACACUAAUGGCAAUUCCAUCGGAAGCAAAGAAGAAGAUUUUUCAGUUGUUUGUUGUUUCAGCUACCAUGGUGCUCAUGGCUCAUGGGCAGCAACAAAACCCAGGUUUCAUGAGUAUCGACUGUGGGGCGCCGAAUGACUACCAUGAUGAUAAUCUCGAUAUCUAUUACAAGACAGAUCAAGGAUUCGUAAGCACCGGAGUGAACAUGCAGGUUUCGAGUCAGGUCAUCUACCAGAACAAACAACAACAAGGAAAGAACCUCAGAGCAUUUCCCGACGGAACAAGGAACUGUUACACAUUGUCGCCGGAGCGAGGCAAAAGAAACACAUACUUGAUCAGAGCUGCCUUCUGGUAUGGGAAUUACGAUGGAAGGAAUCAAACUCCAAAGUUCGAUCUGCACAUCGAUGUGAACUACUGGAGCACAAUCUAUUCAGACUCUUACGUUUAUGAAGAGGUUAUCUAUGUCCCUCCGGAGGAUGAUAUAAAUGUGUGCCUUGUAAACACCGGCUCAGGAACUCCUUUCAUUUCGGUUUUGGAAUUGCGGCUCCUGGAUAAUUCUACGUACCAGAUGGAUUCUGGAGCACUAGCAACCUCAUGGCGUUACAACAUCGGAGGAGGUUCAUAUACAUACAGGCAUCCCGAUGAUGAGUACGACCGAAUCUGGGCACCCCAAAAUUACAAGGAGUGGGUGCAGAUUGCCAACGAAACUUCGUUUGACUUGACAACUUAUAAUGAUGCUUAUGGAGUUCCUGCUGGAGUCCUGAUGACCGCAGCCCAGUCUGCGAAAGUGAACAAACAAUUAGUUUUGUUCUGGACCCCAUCGAGCCCGACUGAGAAGUGGUACAUGUACUUCCACUUUGCAGAAAUUCAAGUUCUCCAGGAAACCCAAGUGAGGGAAUUUGAGGUGUACAUCGUAGACCAACUCGUCAAAACCAUCAGACCUCUGUAUGGAAAGCCAAUGACUGUGGCUUCGUUCCCCGUCACGAGCCCAUCCCAAAUAAACUUCACUCUCAGCGUGACUUCUCGGUCUGACCUCCCACCAAUCCUUAACGCAGUUGAGCUUAUGUAUGGCCUCGAUCUUACAAAUCCCAUGACCGACUCAGACGAUGGUAAAUACUUGCUCUUUUUGUACUCGGAUGAUUGCAAUAGCUGUUUGAUAUUUUUGCACGUUCUUCCACAACCAGUCGAUGCUAUCAACAACAUCAAGAAGACAUACAGGGUAGUCCAAGAUAGUUGGCAAGGCGACCCUUGCAGCCCAAGAAAUCUCUCAUGGAACGGGCUAAAUUGCCAUUACGACAGUAUUCCAAGAAUCAUCUCCCUGAACCUGAGUUCUAGCAAUUUAGUAGGGAAAAUUGUUGACUCUCUCAUUAAUCUAACUGCACUGACUUCAUUGGAUUUAUCUCAUAACCAACUAACCAGCCAAAUUCCGGACUUUCUAGGCCAAAUGCCAAAUUUGAAACUUCUAAAUUUGAGUGGGAACAAUCUUUCCGGUUCAAUUCCUCAAUCCCUGAAGAGAAAGCAGACAAUUGGAGCACUGCAAGCAAGCUUCGAUAGGAACCCGAACCUGUGUCAGACAGACUCAUGUUCAACCAGCACAACAACAUCAAAUGGAAAAAAGGGCAAGAGUCCGAUUGUUCUGAUCAUUGCAGCAUGUGUUUCGGUUCUUGUCGUGAUUCUGUUGGGCACACUAACUGUCAUUUGGAGAAAUAAGAGAAGAAAAGGAGUGUCCGCUGUCAGUGUGACUUCAACAGGCCCUGUCGAGGGACCAAUGGUGCUAGGGGUGCCAAGGAGUCAAACCAUAUUUACAUCCUCAGAGAUUUCAACAAUCACAGACAACUACAGAACUGUCAUUGGAGAAGGAGGGUUCGGAAAAGUUUACCUCGGCAUUCUGUAUGAUGGUACUAAGGUUGCUGUCAAGAUUCCCUCCAAGUACUCCGUACAGGGCUACAGGGAAUUCCAAGCUGAGGCCCAACUGCUGAUGAUCGUCCAUCACCGAAACCUGGUUUCUCUUGUCGGUUAUUGCGAUGAGGUUGAAAACAUGGCUCUCAUUUACGAGUUCAUGAGCAAUGGGAAUUUGAGACAACAUUUAUCAGAAUACAAUACAAAUGUCUUGAGUUGGAGUCAGAGACUACAAAUUGCUGUCGAAGCUGCACAAGGCUUGGAAUAUCUGCAUAAUGGUUGCAAGCCUCCUAUCAUCCACAGGGACUUGAAGACAUCAAACAUCUUGCUGAACGAAAGCAUGCAAGCUAAUAUAGCUGAUUUUGGGCUAUCAAAAGCUUUUGCGACAGACUACGACUCCCAUAUAUCGACUCGUCCUGCGGGCACACCUGGUUAUCUUGAUCCCGAGUUCCAUGCCUCUGGCAACUUGAGCAAGAAGAGCGACGUUUACAGUUUCGGGAUCAUCCUGUUUGAGCUGAUCACCGGUCACCCUGCUAUAAUAAGAACCUCAGACGGAAACAUCCACAUCAUUCACUGGGUAACUCCUCUUAUUGAAAGGGGUGACAUACAGAGCAUAGUCGACCCGAGGUUCAGUGGCCAAUGCAAAACCAACUCUGCUUGGAAGGCAGUGGAAAUAGCCAUGUCAUGCGUCAUGGCAUCCUCGAGUCAGAGGCCCGAUAUGAUCCAUGUAUUAUCAGAUCUGAAGGAGUGCUUGGGCCUGGAAAUCGCUUCCGAGAGAAACCAGAGGUCGGGAUACAACAGUUACAUGGGGAGAAGCACUUCUUUUGAAAUGACCUCUGUUGAGCUCAAUGCUGCUCCGAACCCACGCUAA